UUUCACUCAAUUUAUUAUUCAGAAGGUUUACCACCGCAGCAGGAUGCAUUCAAAUACUGUAUAUCCAGAGUACCAGGAUGUUGAAGCCUAUUCUGUUACUUCUCGAGCAACUUCACGUUGGGGAUCGGAAGUUUCAUUAGCUCCCAGACAAUACAAGGAAAAAGUCUGUGGAGGCUGUGUCACCAGGAGAUGUCUACUAAUUAUUUUUGGAUCACUGAUUAUGAUAGGGUUAAUAGCAGCUGCAAUUGCUCUUGGUAGCAUAUAUGGAAUCCCACCAAGAGACACUGGACUCUACACACGAACCUGCAGCUUACAGUCCAACAGCAGUGGCUUCCUGUGUGAUGACCGCACCACCUGCUUAACAGCUUCAAGGAUAUGUGACGGCAAGGUAGACUGCCACAAUGGAGAAGAUGAAUCAAAAUUAUACUGUGGAAAUCUACCUCACAGUCUUCCCAGUGACUUGGUUUUCAUGUGUGCUAAUAAAAUCUCAUGGACCUACAAUGACAAUGUAUGUGAUGCUAAGAAUGACUGCGGAGACUGCUCUGAUGAAACAACUAAGAAGUGUCUCUCCUGCCUUGGUUGGAGAUGCAAUACUGUUUUCUUCAAGGACUGUGACUGCAUCCCUAAGUCACGCUGUAAGGAUACAUUUCAAGACUGUGACGACUGGAGUGAUGAAAAUGUCUGUCAACCAUAAAAUAAUUAAUUGUGAAACAUUUAUUUAUAUAGCAUAUUUUCAUACAAAUAAUGUAGCUCAAAGUGAUGAAAAAAGAGAAAAAAGACAAAAUAAAUAAGAAAAAAAAGACAAAACUCAUUAACAGAAUGAAAGUAAUGCCCAAUGGCCAGGGAGGCAGAAAAAACAAACUCCAGACGGCUGGAGAGAAAAAAAAAAAUCUACAGGGGGUCCGGGGCCACGAGACGGCCCAGCCACCCUUUAGGCAUUCUACCUAACAUAAAUGAUCAGCCCUCAUUGUAUUCAGGGUUCUCA